UUUUGAACAGUGGUAUCUCCGACCCCGUCCGUUCCACUUGUCUCCGCGCUUUUGUCUGCGGUUUUGUUUCUUCAAUUUUCCACAGGCUAAGGUUCAUGGUGCUGUAUCACGCAUUGAACUCGUUCUCACCCAGCGGUCUCUUACCGGGCCCUGCAGCAAAAGGCUUCGUUAACUUCGAGGCCUCUUACUACGAUAUACCAAGAGACCUAUUCGUUAAAGUGUGUAAGGUUUGUGAAGACAACAUGGCUUCUAUCCCACCAUCUGCUUUCUCCGCUGGGCGCAUUCGGGAGACGCAACGUGACAUGAAGGUUUCGACUAUUAAAAAGGGAACAGAGCAGACCCAAUACUUCCGUACAAAACUGAUGGAACUGUCGCCCCUCAAAUACAAUAGCAAGUAUAUGAAUAGCAUCUGGGGCUGGUACAACCGUUUCUCGCCGCACAACGUGAAAAAAGUCAAUGAUGCUUUUACUUUCAAUGAGGAAUUGCAGCAAUCUGCUGCCAAUUCCUCUAUCAAAAAUGAACCUAUGAUUACUUUGCCUGGCGCCAAGCUCGACAACGUUUGGUCCAUCAAUGUAUCACAGUCUCACUAAAUAUAAAUGUUUUUUUUUUCAUUCAGACACGUCUUGUUAUAAUUCCCUUUAGAAUAUUGAAAUGUUAUUAUUUUUAAAAGUUAAGUGUGUACCUAUAUUUUUAAUUUAUCUAUAAGAAGAUCUGCCAUUUCUUGUUGGCACAGAAUCAACUGUAACUUUUCGCAAGUAAACUAAAGCAAUUAAAUCUUCAAAAACAUCAUCUACAUCAUUCACAAAUUAUUAUGUACCUCAAAUUUCCUUGCUUUGUGCAAUAAUAAUUAUACUGUAGGGACAAGGGCCAUAAAUGCUAAUAUACCAUUCAUGUUUAAUUAGCUAAAAUUGUGUUCAGAACUAUAUAAAUGCUAAUAAUUGACGAAAAUUGAUGAAUAAACAUUUUUUUAU